UUCUUCAGAGGUUGCUCCCUUAUGGUCCUGUUGUGCUAUGACGGCGCCUUCGCAACAUCAGUGAGAGGAAGACUCUUAAUGAGCGGGAGCCGGAGGCGCCGGCAUCGAUGCGCUGAGGAGCCGCUGCCUGGGCCGCUCGGAGCGAAGGAAGGAGCCGCUGGCGGGGCCGCCCUGGGCCCGGCGGCGAAGGGCAGGAGGCCGGGCCUGCACGCGGGCGGAUGGUCCGGAGCUGACGCUUCCCGGGUCUCCCUGAGGCGGGCUGGCGGCCUCUCUGCUGGGCUUGGCGGGGGAUCGGCUGGCCCCGGCCCUGCUGGGACCCCGCCCCGGCCGCUGGGGCGGGAUAGGCCCGCGGGCCUCCCCCGGUAACGCGUC